CAUGGGGGAGAAGCUGGAGCUGAGGCUCAAGUCGCCCGUGGGGGCAGAACCCGCCGUCUACCCGUGGCCGCUGCCGGUCUAUGACAAACACCAUGAUGCUGCUCACGAAAUCAUCGAGACCAUCCGAUGGGUCUGUGAAGAAAUCCCAGAUCUCAAGCUUGCGAUGGAGAAUUAUGUUUUAAUCGACUACGAUACCAAAAGCUUUGAAAGCAUGCAGAGGCUCUGCGACAAGUACAACCGGGCCAUCGACAGCAUCCACCAGCUGUGGAAGGGAACCACCCAGCCCAUGAAGCUCAACACGCGGCCGUCCAACGGGCUGCUGCGGCACAUCCUGCAGCAGGUCUACAACCACUCGGUGACAGACCCCGAGAAGCUCAACAACUACGAGCCCUUCUCCCCCGAGGUGUACGGGGAGACUUCUUUCGACCUCGUGGCACAGAUGAUUGAUGAGAUCAAGAUGACUGAGGACGACCUGUUUGUGGACCUGGGCAGUGGUGUGGGCCAGGUUGUGCUACAGGUUGCCGCGGCCACCAACUGCAAACAUCACUAUGGCGUCGAGAAAGCUGACAUCCCAGCCAAGUACGCGGAGACCAUGGACCGAGAGUUCAGGAAGUGGAUGAAAUGGUAUGGAAAAAAGCAUGCAGAAUACACACUGGAAAGAGGCGAUUUUCUCUCAGAAGAGUGGAGAGAGCGGAUCGCAAACACAAGUGUUAUAUUUGUGAAUAACUUUGCCUUUGGUCCUGAGGUGGAUCACCAGCUGAAGGAGCGAUUCGCAAACAUGAAGGAAGGUGGCAGAAUUGUGUCCUCAAAGCCCUUUGCCCCGCUAAACUUCAGAAUCAACAGCAGGAACUUGAGUGACAUCGGCACCAUCAUGCGCGUGGUGGAGCUGUCGCCGCUGAAGGGCUCCGUGUCCUGGACGGGGAAGCCGGUCUCCUACUACCUGCACACCAUUGACCGCACCAUACUUGAAAACUAUUUUUCUAGCCUGAAAAAUCCAAAACUCAGGGAGGAACAAGAGGCAGCUCGGCGACGGCAGCAGCGAGAAAGCAAGAGUAACACGACCACGCCCACCAAGGUGCCCGAAAGCAAGGCGGCCAUACCCGCGGACACCCCUCUGGACUCUGGUGGCGAGGAGGAGAAAGCUGGGACGACGUCUGUCAAAAAGCCAUCUCCCUCCAAAGCUCGGAAGAAGAAGCUAAACAAGAAAGGCCGGAAGAUGGCUGGCCGGAAGCGCGGGCGCCCCAAGAAGAUGAGCGCCGCUAACCCUGAGCGCAAGCCCAGGAAGAACCAACCUGCACUGGGCCUCCCGCACGCGCAGGCGGCGCCCCAGACGGCGUCGCCCUCGCCGCAGGAUGCGUACAAGUCACCUCACAGCCCAUUUUAUCAGCUACCUCCCAGUGUGCAGCGGCAUCCUCCUGACCAGCUGCUGCUGGCCCCCACUCCCCCCGCACUGCAGAAGCUGCUAGAAUCCUUCAAGAUUCAGUACUUACAGUUCUUGGCAUACACAAAGACGCCUCAGUACAGAGCCACCCUGCAGCAGCUGCUGGACCAGGAGAAGGAAAAGAAUGCCCGGCUGCUGGGUGCAGCGCAGCAGCUCUUCGGCCACUGCCAGGCCCAGAAGGAGGAGAUCAAGAGACUCUUCCAGCAGAAGCUGGACGAGUUGGGAGUGAAGGCCCUGACCUACAACGACCUGAUCCAAGCACAGAAGGAGAUCUCAGCUCACAACCAGCAGCUGAGGGAGCAGACAGAGCAGCUGGAGAAGGACAACCGGGCACUGCGGGGCCAGAGCCUGCAGCUGCUCAAGGCUCGGUGUGAGGAGUUGAAGCUCGACUGGUCCACGCUGUCCCUGGAGAAUCUGCUGAAGGAGAAGCAGGCGCUGAAGAGCCAGAUCUCCGAGAAGCAGAGGCACUGCCUGGAGCUGCAGAUCAGCAUUGUAGAGCUGGAGAAGAGCCAGCGGCAGCAGGAGCUUCUUCAGCUCAAGUCCUGCGUGCCACCUGACGACGGCCUGUCCGUGCACCUGCGAGGGAAGGGUGCCCUGGGCCGGGAGCUAGAGACAGAGCCUGGGCGGCUGCACCUCGAGCUCGACUGCUCCAAGUUCUCCCUGCCUCCUUUCAACAGCAUGAGCCCCGAACUCUCCAUGAAUGGCCAUGCCGCCGGCUACGACCUCUGUGGCUCGCUGAGCCGGCCCUCAUCCAAGCAAAACACCCCCCAGUACCUGGCCUCCCCCUUAGACCAGGAGGUCGUGCCCUGCACACCCAGCCACAGUGUUCGGCCAAGGCUUGAAAAGCUGUCCGGCCUGGCCUUGCCUGACUACACCCGGCUGUCCCCGGCCAAGCUGGUGCUGCGGCGACACCUGAGCCAGGACCACACGGCCGGCGGCAAGGUCACCACGGGCGACGUGCAUCCUCGAGCUGAGCACGCCAAGGAGAACGGUCUCCCAUACCAGAGCCCUGGCGUGGCGACCGGCAUCAAACUGAGUCCGCAGGAUCCGCGGCCCUCCUCCCCAGUGUCCUUGCAGAUGGCCGGAGAGAAGGGCAGUGAGAAGGGGCUGAAGGAGCGUACCUAUGGCAGCAGUGGGGAGGCCAUCACCAGCCUCCCUGUCAGCAUCCCGCUCAGCACCGUGCAGCCCAGCAAGCUGCCCGUCAGCAUUCCCCUGGCCAGCGUGGUGCUGCCUAGCAGAGUCGAAAAAGUGAGGAGCACCCCCAGCCCUGUGCCGCAGACCCGGGAGGCCUCCGCGCUAGACAAGCCGAUGAGUGCCAAUGCCCAUGGGGCUGGGAGCAAGACCUUGGCCUCUGCUCCUUCAGGCUUCUCCUAUGCUGGCUCGGUGGCCAUCAGCGGGGCCCUGGCAGGCAGCCCAGCACCACUGGCAUCAGGACCUGAGCCUGCCACCUUUGACGAGUCCUCAAGCUCGGGAAGCCUUUUUGCCACAAUGGGGUCCCGCAGCUCCACCCCACAGCACCCUCCGCUGCUGGUGCAGUCCCGCAACUCCGGCUCAGGCUCGCCUGCCCACCAGCUAUGCGCUAGUCCUCGGCUCAAUGGCACUGCCCAGGGCCUGCUGCCCGAGGCUAGUAAGGGGGACCUUCCCCCAGACGCAGGCUACUCAGACGCAGAGAGUGAAGCCAAGAGGAGGAUCAUCUUCACCAUCUCGGCCGUUCCCAGCAGUGCCAAGCAGUCGCCUUCCAGCAAGCACAGCCCCCUACCAUCGGGCGCACGUGCAGACAGUGCACAGAGCCACGGGCAGGACAGCCGCAAGCGAGGCCGGAGGAAGCGGGCCUCGACCGGGACCCCCAGCCUGAGCUCGGGUGUGUCCCCAAAGCGUCGGGCGCUACCAUCUGUUGCUGGCCUCUUCACGCAGUCGUCAGGGUCGCCCCUCAACCUCAACUCUAUGGUCAACAAUAUCAACCAGCCCUUGGAGAUCACAGCCAUCUCGUCCCCUGAGAGCUCCCUCAAGAGCUCCCCAGUCCCUUACCAGGACAAUGACCAGCCGCCCGUGCUCAAGAAGGAGAAGCCCCUGAGCCAGACCAACGGGGCGCACUACUCCCCACUGACCUCCGAUGAGGAGCAGGGCUCUGAGGACGAGCCGAGCAGCUCCCGAAUUGAGAGAAAAAUUGCAACAAUCUCCUUAGAAAGUAAAUCUCCUCCAAAAACUUUAGAAAAUGGUGGCAGCGUCGCGGGCAGGAAGCUGCUGCCUGCCAGUGAACCCGUCAACAGCAGCAAGUGGAAGUCCACCUUCUCGCCCAUCUCUGACAUUGGACUGGCCAAGGCUGCAGACAGCCCACUGCAAGCUGGCUCCACACUGAGCCAGGGCUCCCUGUUUGCUUUCCGGCCCACCCUGGAGGAACCCAGCUCGACUGACACCAAGCUCGCCAGUCACCCCAGGAAAAGCUUUUCUGGCCCCCUGUCGGCUGGUGGGCUCAGCCCAAGCAACAACCCUCCCAACGGUUUUGCCUUCAGUGGGGGCCUGGCCGCUGACCUCAGUUUACACAGCUUCAACGAUGGUGCUUCUCUCUCCCACAAGGGCCCCGAGGCAGCCAGCCUGAGUGCCCCUCUGAGCUUCCCCACCCCUCGCGGCAAGGAGGGCAGCACCUCGGAGUCCGGCCCCUUCCUGAACAAGAGGCAGCUGGAUGGACUGGGGGUCCCGAAAGGCGAGGGGGUCAAGGGCAAGGAAGCGGCUGAGGCGGGCCUGCCGCCGUGCGGGCCCCCGGAGAAGGCCCCUCUGGCGCACGGUGUCAAGGCUGGCCGGGGCCGGGACCGAGAACCUGAGUUCAAGAGUGGGCACAACCUUUUCAUCUCUGCAGCUGCCGUGCCCCCUGGGGGCCUCCUCAGCGGCCCUGGUCUCACCACGGUGGCAUCCUCGGUGGGCACCGCGGCGCCCUCUGCCCAGACACAUCGCUCCUUCCUGGGCACCUUUGCCCCCAGCCCGCAGUUCACUCUGGGCCCCAUGUCCCUGCAGGCCAACCUGGGCUCAUCAGUGCUACAGUCCUUGUUCAGCUCCGUGCCGGCCGCGGCUGGCCUGGUGCACGUCUCAUCCGCUGCAACCAGACUGACCAACUCGCACGCCAUGGGCAGCUUCUCCUCCGGGGUGGCCGGUGGCGCAGUUGGAGGUAACUAGGACUUCUACCUCAACCACGAGACCUAUGCAAGGAUGGGGCUCGCCGCUGGACGGGGACAGACAGGACAGAAGACGAGGUUCUACUGUGAAUCAGCGCUGGCAGACCUGCGGUGCUGGGGCUCGGCUCCAGCUCCUGCUGUCGAUAGUUUUAGAUAAAGUAUUUAUCGUUUUUAAAAAAGUAUAAACAACUUGACUUAUUUUAUUCCACUGAAGUUGUAAAAGGCAACUAUUGAGAAAUGUACAUACCUAUAUCUGAGAGGAUCUAUAUACAGAUGUCUAUGGGAAGGACUGGCCCGCGAGACGCCGACGCUGGUCCUGGUGCUAUCUGGCCGCCCGCCUGCC